AUGGAAGUUGACAUACUCUUAGAGGGAGAGGAAACGGCCAAGAGAGCCAAGACCCUGCCCUCCUGCCCCCUGCCCCCUGGAAACACUCCACCAUCCGAGGCCAAGACCCUGCCCUCCUGCCCCUUGUACCCUGGAAACACUCCACUAUCCGAGGCCAAGACCCUGCCCUCCUGCCCCCUGUACCCUGGAAACACUCCACCAUCCGAGGCCAAGACCCUGCCCUCCUGCCCCCUGUACCCUGGAAACACUCCACCAUCCGAGGCCAAGACCCUGCCCUCCUGCCCCCUGUACCCUGGAAACACUCCACCAUCCGAGGCCAAGACCCUGCCCUCCUGCCCCCUGUGCCCUGGAAACACUCCACCAUCCGAGGCCAAGACCCUGCCCCCUGUACCCUGGAAACACUCCACCAUCCGAGGCCAAGACCCUGCCCUCCUGUACCCUGGAAACACUCCACCAUCCGAGGCCAAGACCCUGUCCUCCUGCCCCCUGUACCCUGGAAACACUCCACCAUCCGUGGCCAAGACCCUGCCCUCCUGCCCCCUGUACCCUGGAAACACUCCACUAUCCGUGGCCAAGACCCUGCCCUCCUGCCCCUGUACCCUGGAAACACUCCACCAUCCGAGGCCAAGACCCUGCCCUCCUGCCCCCUGUACCCUGGAAACACUCCACCAUCCGAGGCCAAGAUCCUGUCCUCCUGCCCUCCUGCCCCCUGGAAACACUCCACCAUCCGAGGCCAAGACCCUGCCCUCCUGCCCCCUGUACCCUGGAAACACUCCACCAUCCGAGGCCAAGACCCUUCCCUCCUGCCCCCUGUACCCUGGAAACACUCCACCAUCCGAGGCCAAGACCCUGCCCUCCUGCCCCCUGUACCCUGGAAACACUCCACCAUCCGAGGCCAAGACCCUGCCCUCCUGCCCCCUGUACCCUGGAAACACUCCACCAUCCGAGGCCAAGACCCUGCCCUCCUGCCCCUUGUACCCUGGAAACACUCCACUAUCCGAGGCCAAGACCCUGCCCUCCUGCCCCCUGUACCCUGGAAACACUCCACCAUCCGAGGCCAAGACCCUGCCCUCCUGCCCCCUGUACCCUGGAAACACUCCACCAUCCGAGGCCAAGACCCUGCCCUCCUGCCCCCUGUCGCCUGGAAACACUCCACCAUCCGAGGCCAAGACCCUGCCCUCCUGCCCCCUGUACCCUGGAAACACUCCACCAUCCGAGGCCAAGACCCUGCCCCCUGUACCCUGGAAACACUCCACCAUCCGAGGCCAAGACCCUGCCCUCCUGUACCCUGUACCCUGGAAACACUCCACCAUCCGAGGCCAAGAUCCUGUCCUCCUGCCCCCUGGAAACACUCCACCAUCCGAGGCCAAGACCCUGCCCUCCUGCCCCCUGUACCCUGGAAACACUCCACCAUCCGAGGCCAAGACCCUGCCCUCCUGCCCCCUGUACCCUGGAAACACUCCACCACCCGAGGCCAAGACCCUGCCCCCCUGCCCCCUGUACCCUGGAAACACUCCACCAUCCGUGGCCAAGACCCUGCCCUCCUGCCCCCCUGUACCCUGGAAACACUCCACCAUCCGUGGCCAAGACCCUGCCCCCCUGCCCCCUGUACCCUGGAAACACUCCACCAUCCGAGGCCAAGACCCUGCCCUCCUGUACCCUGGAAACACUCCACCAUCCGAGGCCAAGACCCUGCCCUCCUGCCCCCUGUACCCUGGAAACACUCCACCAUCCAAGGCCAAUUUCUGA